CUGAUGGAUAACAUGACUCGGAGUAUUAACCGAUGUAAACACUGCACGCGGUAAACCAUCAGUAAUUCUCUAUUAUAUGUGAACGUGAAUCUUAUUUGUGAUUAACUUACUGUGUGGCAGAAGGUCUUUAUUCAUCUAAAUCUACAGGUAAGGUAAGGUGCGUGGAGGGAACGGGCCACACACAACCUCUCCAUCAUCGGCAUCGAGGCCAUAGCAGUCACCACCACCACCACCACCAACAUCAUAUGGGCGAAAGGCUGCCAUAUUUGCUCGCCCCUCCACCGAUCACCAUAGAUUGUGACACUGUGAUGCCGGGUCCUCGUGGGUAUGACUUCUGGCGGGAGACAUUAAAAGGAGCGCGGCUGGUUGUGGCGCCCAUGGUAGAUGCUUCCGAGCUGGCCUGGCGACUUCUGUCUCGGCGCUACGGUGCGGAACUGUGCUACACACCUAUGCUACACGCCCACGUAUUUGUCAAGGACGCCAGGUAUAGGAGGGAAAACCUUGCCUCUUGCUCUGAGGACCGUCCGCUCAUCGUCCAGUUCUGCUCGAACGAUCCAGACACGUUUGUGGAGGCGUGUAGGCUGGCGGCUCCCCAUUGCGAUGCCGUAGACCUCAACCUGGGCUGCCCGCAGGCCAUCGCUCGUCGGGGGCACUAUGGCGCCUUUCUCCAGGACGAAUGGGAGCUUGUCCGUACAAUGAUCGAGCGGGCGUCAAAGGAGGUGGACGUGGCCAUAACAGCGAAGAUUCGGGUGUUCGAGGACGAGAAGAAGACGGUGGAGUAUGCCAAGAUGCUGGAGCAUGCUGGCGCCUCCCUCCUCACUGUACACGGCCGCACUAGGGACCAGAAGGGCCCUCUCACCGGCCUCGCUUCGUGGCCUCACAUCAAGGCUGUAAA